AUGGAAAAUUCAAACAUUCGAAAUUUCGAGAAUUACCACAUUCUGAAAUUCGAAAACUUAAAAAUCCUUAAGUUGGGAAAAUUGAAAUUUAGAAAUUUUUUAAAAAUCGACAAUUCAGAACUUCGGGAAUUCAAAAGUCCAAAAAAAAAUCAGAAAUUCAAAAACCUAAAUCGUUCAAAACGAACCGGAGUGUUCGAGCUUCUAUUUUUCCUUCUUCCACUUCAACAUUUUUCGAUUAUCUCUGCGUUUCCAUGCUUUUCCUUUCUCUUCUCUGCGUCUCUCUUUUCUUAUCACACUGAUAACCUUCUCUCUCAUCAAUCUCCCACUCAUUUCUGA